UGGGGUGAGGGGGAGGGGGCAUACAGGUACAUGUUACCCAAGUGAAAGAGAAAGGUGUUUGUGUUGUUUUCUUCACAGAAAUGGGGACUGUUCUGAAAAUGUACUUUUAUUUGUUGCUGAUAGUUUUCAUCUGUGACGGGUUCAAUGUCCACGGCCCACCUGGUCCUCUCAUUGUUCGGCUUGGAGACUCAGUGAUGCUGCCCUGCUUUGUGGAAACUCCUCUUCCAUUGGAAGAUCUUGAAGUGGAAUGGAAAAGAAAUGACAGUGAAACUCUUGUGCACUUGUGGCAGGAUGGAGAGAGUCGACCAGAGUCUCAGAACCAGCAUUAUCAUGAAAGAGCUAAUUUCUUCACAGAAGAGAUCGCUCAUGGAAACUUCUCCCUCCUGCUUACAGAUGUGACCAGUAAAGAUGCAGGAGUUUAUAAGUGUGCUGUUUACACAAAGCUGGAUUCUGGAGAAACUCUGAUUGAAAUAAAGGAGAUUGAGCGCUUGAUCGUCUCUGGAGCCCACAUUAUAUCUGCAUAUGCAGGUGAAGAUAUCACUCUGAAUUGCUCUGUAGACUCUCAUAUCACACCAGAAGAUGUGUCAUGGAAGAAAACUGAUGAAGAUAUCUUAGUGCUGCUCUAUCAGCAUGGUGAGAUCCUGACAGACUCGACCGGUGAGAGAUAUGUGGACAGAGUAGAUUUCUUCAGUGCUGAAGAACGAAACAAAGGAAACUUUUCUUUGAGACUGAAGAAUGUCCGAACAGAAGACAAAGGGCUGUAUAUGUGUUUAGUGUUCUCUGGUGUAUUAUCAGCUAACACAACUGUGGAGAUACAGCAGCUGAGUCUUUCCUUUCUGCAUAUUGCAAUUUUAAUUUUGUGUAUUCUUGGAGUUGUAAUCGGAUCACUUAUACUAGGCUUCCUAUCUUACACAUCUUAUAAAAAGGAAGAGGACAGCAGCGGAAGAGCCCUAGCUAUACAGUGUGCACAUGUCCUUUGUCCUAACAUUAUUAUGACCAUUGUCUUCAUCCUCUGGGGUUUCACUGAUGGGUAUUUUACUGAAGCAGCAACUUGUUCAGCACUUAAUUUUGCACGGAUCCUUUUCCUACUUUGGAUUGCUCUCGAUUUGAAAACAUUUCCAGAUUUUCCCAAACGAUUAAUUACCAACUUGGCAAUUCUACUACAGUACACUGUGAUAACUGUUGCUGCUUAUUCUUCUAUUUUUGUGGAUAUCUACUAUAGAUUCAGCACUGAAAUGAAAGUGGCUCUGAUCAUUGUGCUCCUGCUGCUACUUAUUCCUCUUCUGAGUCAUUUUGCUAUAGUAUGCUGUAAAAGGACUACAGAAAUUAAUCCACACAGGAUUUACAGGAUUACAGAACUCAUUGAUAUUCUACGCAUAAGUUUUUUUACAGUGGGAUUGCAAAGAAGUGCGAUUGGGGAAUUAUUUCCACUCUUCAUUUUGGCUUUGUUAUAUUUUCGUGCUUUUUUCACGUUUCUGAGUUAUUUAUUCCAGAUAUCAUUGUGGUUGCUCCUGGAGUUUGUUAGAGCCUCAGGGUCGAUCUACAUCCAUUAUAAUUUGGAUAUUGAUGUGAAAGAACGUGACGCAUUGGUCUGUGUGACUACAUUCCUCCAAGUCUUGUCCCUGAUUACACUGUUUACAUAUCUAAACGAUUCAAAAGCGACACAGCGAGGUCAUUUGGUUGUGUUCAUGUUUGGUACAGUGGGGGUUGUGUUUGUGAAUGCUGUUGUGUUAUCAGUAGAGCUGAUCCUAAAAGCACGAAAUGGUGAGCGUACAGUGGAUCUGCGACUUAUUCUCCUACCGACUGAAAGUGUAUUUGCUGCGUGCUACACUGCUUUACUAAUAUCUGCUUUCUGGAAGGAUAACAGAGAAGAGUAUGUGUGUAUUUUUAAGGGAUAUAAAUAUACAGAACAAUUUAUUUUACUUGUCAGUUUUGUUCAGAAUGAAGACAUGAUUGUUUUUUAUUCUCAUUAUUACAGGUUUAGAGAAGACAUAGAGAAGCUGCGACAGAAAUGUGUGUGUAAACAGAGACAGAGGGAUUCACCUCCACAAAGUAAUGAACAUGAACUGGAGAGUCUGGCUUCUGUUCCUCAGCCCUCAGGAUCUUAGCAGGAAUAUUCUAGUAAUAAAGUGGACAUCGAGUGUCUCAACAAACCCAAACCAUCACCCCUCCACCACCACGCUUCACACUUGGUUUAAUCUGCUUUAUAGCUCUAUAGGUGACAUGAUGUUGCUUUUGGGGUUUUAUUUAUGACUGAACAUUAAACAGUCUGACAUUGGACUGAAUUUGCUGAGACACUCACUAAUGAAACAUACAGAGCAUCUGUAUUAAAGGUUCUCCUCACAUGUAAACAGUCCUUCUAACUGUAGAAUGGUGAAUCCUGACUUCUGGCUGUUGUCCUUUCUCCUUGGUAUGAUGUAGACUCACACCCGAGUGCUCCAGAACCCCAAACUGACCAAAGUUCUGCUUUUAUACACGUAGUCACACAUCACUGAUGAUGAAAUAAUGUUGUGGAUUUCAUUAGUAACCUGCCUGCUAAUUACUCUGCAGGAAGUAGGAAGGGUUGUACUUUGGGAGAAAAAUUAUUAACUGAGGUUAUUUGUUUCUUUAUAGAUGUUAAUGAGAACCACACAAUUAUUAUUUAGGCUCUGAUACAUAAAAAUAUAGAAUUGAAGUUAGGUGUCAUUUCCCCAGAACUCUGCACUGGUUUUAUCAUUUCAAAGUUUUUUUAAAUGCCUGUAAUGUGUUAUAUUUUUUUAGUUAUUUUUUUAUUAGGUUAUUAUUAUUAUUUUUUUUACAAUCCUUAGUGUGAUACUUAAAUGUGAAUCUCUUGUCUUCGUGUUUGCUUCUCCAAUAUAAUUGUUUUUAUUAUUUAAUUGGCGGGAAUUAUGACUUGAUUUAUUAAUUAAUUGACUAUUUUGCGACAUAGAGUACAGAUAAGGAUUUAAACUCUGUCAUUUAAAAAAAUUAUUUUACUGUUUUAUUCAUCUGCCACAUUCACCUUUAUUUAUGACACGAUAGUCCGUUAUCAGAUAUCUGUGUAUAAAUAUUCAGGGAUAAAGUUUUCUAUUCGUUUAUGGAGCUCAGAAAUGAUAUUUUUAUAUACAGAGCAAAACGAUCAGUAUACAUAUUAUCUAAGUAUUUCAUGUAAGAGUGAUGAGUGACAGGUACGAAAAGUAAAAAAAACAAAAACUAUUUCUAUAAUUGUGUAUACCGUUCAUUACAUAAUGUUCUGUGUGUUAAAACACUGAAUUUUUAAUAUAACAUUUUUUUGUAAAUGUAUAUAGUUAUUUUCUUUUACUUUUUAUAUGAUUCAGUGUGUACAGAAUAAUAUUUUGUGUAACAGAAAUACAGUAUUUCAUGUUGCUUUUGUUCUACUUUAUUAUUGUUACUAAAUCUCAUGUGCUGGAUCUAUAAUAUAUUCAGCCAUAUGAGUGUGGAGCUUCCUGGUUUGUUAUAAUAAUAAUGAAACAUAAAUAAAUUCAUUUAUAUUGUUUCAUCA